AGGUCUGUGACGAGAGAGAGGGGUGGAGGGGGAGAGAGAGGGAGCAUAAAAAGAAGAAGAAGAAGGGAGCAAGCAAAUAUGUGUGGAAGGUGUUGCUGUACCCUGAAUCCCGAGGAUGUCCCCAGGGCCUGUGGAAUCAAUGCCUCCUCUAUCCCUGUUAUUCAAUCUGAACGGUACCAUCCAUCAUACAAUGUUUCUCCUGGAACAUAUUUGCCAGUUGUUCGAAAAGAACGUGGUGCAAACUCUGAGCCAGUUGUUCACUCUAUGAAAUGGGGACUAAUUCCCAGUUUCACCAAGAAAACGGAAAAGCCUGAUCACUUUAAAAUGUUUAAUGCUCGAUCAGAAUCAGCAUGUGAAAAGGCAUCUUUCCGUCGGCUAAUUCCUAAUAAUCGGUGCCUAAUGGCUGCCGAAGGAUUUUAUGAAUGGAAGAAAGAUGGACAUAAGAAACAACCGUACUACAUACAUUUCAAUGAUCACCGCCCUCUUGUAUUUGCUGCUUUGUAUGACUCUUGGACAAAUGCUGAAGGAGAGGUUAUCCAUACUUUCACCAUUUUAACCACACGUUGUUCGUCAGCCUUGGAAUGGCUUCAUGACAGGAUGCCUGUAAUAUUUGGAGAUGAUGACAGUAAGAAUGCAUGGCUAAGUAGUUUGCCAUCUACUAAAGUGGUCGGCAUGCUUCAACCAUAUGAAGGCACUGAUUUGGCAUGGUAUCCUGUCACACCGAUGAUGGGUAAACCAUCAUUUAAUGGACCAGAGUGCAUAAAAGAGAUUCAGUUAAAACAUGAGCAAAGUGCUACAAUAUCAUCAUUUUUUUCUAAGCGCGAACUUGAGCGGAAAAUAACACCUGAAUCUCAGAAAAAAUCGUCCUCCAAGAGCCCUAAUUGUGAGGACUUCGUGAAAGAGAUUGCCAGUACUGACAACUCUGAAAGCUUUAACACGCCAGAUCAUGAUGACUCGGAAGCCUUUGAGAUCACCCAAGCAGUUAAAAAAUGUGGCACCAAACGUGUUUUUGAGCAGUUAGAUGAUUCUGAUGGCAACGUGCUGAAGGGCGUGGCUUACCAUAACUCUCUGAGCAUUAUGGAUAUAGCAAGCGACAAGUCUCAGCUUCCGGUCAAAAGAAAAAGUGGUGUGCCUAAUCAACAGACGCUUCUCUCAUAUUUCGGUAGAUGUUAGUCUUUCACAUGGUGAACAGAUGGGCUGUUUUUAAUGUUUUGAUAUGACUAAUUGCAAUGAUGAGGUUUGUGCAGUGGGUGAUAACAAUGUAAAUAGUUCGACUACCUUUUAUGGUUGUGUAUCACUGAUGAUACAAUCUUUUUGUAGUAGGUCCUCGCUCGAGCAGGACAUUUUGUAUGCAACUUCCUUGGUACCAACCAAGAGCUGCAGGAUAUAAUGCCAUUGUCAAGAUGAGGAAUAAUGGUAAC